AUGUCCAACAAAGUCAUCGCCAGCAUCGACACCCCAGACCCCUGGAUGAUCAAGGCCAAUGGCCUCUUCUACCUCACCUUUACGCUCGCCAACCGCAUCGAGAUAUGGCAGUCGCCGCUGAUGGACGACUUCUUUGGCGCGCAAAAGACUGUCGUCUGGCAGCCACAGCCAGGGUCGCGCUGGUCUGCCGACAUCUGGGCGCCCGAGCUGCACUGGCUCAACGGCACGUGGUACAUCUACGCCACGGCCUCGCAGCCCGGCGUCGGCAACCCGGGCCACCGCACCAUCGUCCUCCGGUCGACGGAUCAGGACCCCAUGGAGCAGGCGGCAUGGGAGUUUCUCGGCCCCCUCAAGGGCAUGCCCGAGCAGUUUAGCAUCGACGCCACCGUCUUCAGCCCCAACGGCCAGGAUCUGUACCUGUGCUGGUCCGGGUGGCCGCCCGGCGACAGUUCCGAUACCCAGCAGGACCUGUACGUGACGCAGAUGGUGUCGCCCGAGGAGGUCGUCGAUGCCUCCAUCCUCCCGCCCGUGCGCAUCUCCACCCCCGAUCAGCCCUGGGAGCGCUUCGACGGCGGGGCGCGCGGCAUCAACGAGGGGCCGACGUGGCUCAGCCUGCCCGGCAACGCCUUCACGGGGAUCGUGUACUCGGGGCACGCCAGCUUCACGAGCGAGUACAAGAUGGGCCUCCUGCGGCUCGUCGCGCCCAACGCGGACCCCCUGGACCCCGCGUCGUGGGAGAAGCGGCCGAUCCCGCUGCUCAUCAACGACCAGUCGAUGCCGGGGCCGUACGCGCCCGGCCACGCCAGCUUUCUGCUCAGCCCCGACAGCGGCGACGACAGAGUCUUUUGCGUGUACCACGCGACGGAGAACUGGGGCGAGGGGUUUGCCAACCGCAAGGCCAGGAUACUGGCGCUGGGCUCCGAGUCCUUUGCGCCUGGCGCGCAGCCCGUGUGCUGCUCCAACGCCCCCCUCAAUCCCCUGUGGAAAGGGCGCGCCAUGGGUGCCCCGAGCGGCGGCCCCCAGAAGCCCAUGUCCAAGACGGAGCAGACGAUCGACCAGCUUGCCAGGAAGGCGCCCGGGCCGGUUCAAAGGGCGCUGGAAAAGAUGAAAAGGUUUACCUGA